AUGGAGCUGUACCUCAGCGCCUGCUCCAAGACCGCCAAUGUGGCUGCCACCAAAGCAGCCUCCAGCAGCGUGGCUGAGGACAGUCAGCAAUGUGGAGAUAGGGUACACAAGACGGCAGUUCCAGGGGUGGGAGCCGCUCAGCUGCUGGAUCUUCCUCUUGGGGUCAAGCUGCCUAUGAUCCCAGGAACUGACACUGUAUAUUUUACUACGAAUAUCAGUGAAAAGCUUUUUCGACCUUCCUAUGGUUUUAACCUGAGUGAUCCUUACUGCCGACUUUUGGAAACCCAAUAUAAAAGUCUCCAUGACCCACAUUUAAGAACAUACUAUAAGCGCAAAGAUAUUUUGAGAAGACUAAAAAAGGGAGGCUACAUCACCAGCAAUAACAAAAUCGUAUGUAGUUUGAGGGAACUGAAUAAAUACCGGCAAUAUCUUACAAGCUUAAAAUUAGACUUUGAAAGAAACUACUUAAGAGAACAGCAAUUGAUUACAAAACAGCUACACAAACUGCAAGAAACCAGUCAAUUUACUCACUGUUCUGACGUCACACGGUUCCAAAACUGGUUGUUACAGGACAACACACAGUCUAUUAAGGACCAAGAACGUUUGUUAAGACACAGGUAUUUGGAUAUGAUCAGUAAGGAAUUGGAACAACUCGAGCGCACAGCGGAAGAGCAGCGCCUGCUCCGCAUGGACAGGGAAGAGAGACGGCAGCGGGAGUAUACAAGAAAAAAACUCAAUCUUCGGAGAAAAAUCGAAGAGGAAUGGAAGACAAAGGAGAUGCUGCUGCUCACAAAGAUUGGAGAAGAUGUCAAGAGAGAGCAGCGGGUAGAGGAACAAAGGCGCAGAAGCCGAGAAGAGAGCGACAGAAAGAAACAAGCAAUGCUAGAGAAAAAAAUGGCCUAUCAUUUGCAAAAAAUGCAGGAUACUGGCUUAAAAGAUGACAUGGGAAGAAAUGCAUUUGAAUAUAAAGGACAAAAUGGAACUCUUUAUGAAUCUUCUAUGAAGAAGAAAAAGAAGCGUUUUGAUGAUAUAAAAAUAGUCUAUCCUGAUGGUGACGAUAGAACAUGUAAAGGAACAUCAGGACAAGUAUCAUCUGCUGUUAAUCAGUCUCAGAGUAGUUCAAAGAAUGUUACGAAAAUAUCAGGAUCCUCAGUUGCUUACCAGCCAGAGGUACAGAACAGUAAUAUAGAACAAAAGAGAAAUGGAAUGACGAAAAAAACAAGUGAUGAAAGAGUCCCUUUUAACACAUCGGCUAGAAACUCAGUUAUUUCAGCUCAAAAUUCACCCACAAAGACUACUAGACUUUCAUACGCAUCUUUGGGGCUUCAAAAAGAAGAGAAGGAGAUGCAAGGGGACUGGAAUGGAAGACCAAGCAAGAAAUCAAGUUACGUUGGUGAGCCAGGAUCGCAGGGUGGUCCUCCACCCCCGGGUAUUUUUUCUUCUCCUGUUUACUCAACUAUGCAGCAAAAUCUACAGAAUUGCUUGCAGGAUAAAAUAACUUCUGAAGAACUAAACAGCAUAAUUCAAAACAUAAUGACAUGGGUUGUAGCUACAGUGACCAGUAUAUUAUAUCCAGCCAUCACAAAAUACGAAGAAAGAGUGCAGAGUAAUACUUAUCCAGUGUCUGAUGACUCAGACCUUUCUUCGGAUAGCUCAAGUUUCUGUAGUACGUGCAGUGAGGGCUUUACAUACAGAAGUUUCACGACUAAAACUUUUCAAGCAGAGCCAUGUAUAUUUGCCGGUGACACGCCAGUGAAGAAACCACCCACACCUUUGAAACCCCCUUCUGCACACGUGGAAAGAACAGUGAUUGACAAAACAUAUCAAGUGAGAGGACAAUCGAUAUCCUCACAAGUCAGUUACAACAAAACCAGCUUGGAAUAUCCAUUUCCUAAGAUAGGAAGCAGCAAAUCGGAUAGUCACCUUUUAACAUCAUUAGAAACCAGCACUAAGAAAUCCAAAGAUGCCACCACAGAAACAGAGAGCUUAGAGAUCCCGUUUCCGCAUGAUAAAAAAUCAAAGGCGAUGGAUCAGAUGAAAAAUUUAAAGAACGUUUUUGUCAACUUUAAAUGUCACUUGAAAGGAGAAACACAGCUUAUUUUAGAAAGUAUUUUUCAAGAAAUCAUGUCUGACUUAACCCAGGCAAUUCCUUCUCUUUCCUCUGUGACUGCUGAAGUCUUUGUGGACCCACGUGACUCAGAAAGGGAAGACAUGCUCUCAAAUGUUGACAUAUGCUCGGUAGCUUCAGAGAUUGUGGAAAACAUGCUUGAGAAGCUGGAGUCGGCCGUUGAGAGGAAGUGUGUGCAGAUAAUUUCACAAGAAGAUCUGACAGUCGAUACUAAACCCACUUUAUCAGCUAGUGGUGAAUAUUACUCAUCCUUGGAUACAAAGUCUUCAGAAGAAACACUGUCAUACACCUUGGAGCCAAUGUGUGAUGUUGCAGAUGACAUGGUGCAUGCCAUUUUAGAGAAGUUAAUGACUCUUACAUCUUAUAAGAAAAGUGAACUUCCCCCUGAAGAUACAACUAAACAUUUCCAUCAACAAAUUAAGACAGAGCCACCACCUAAAUUCUAUCAAACAACUGACCAAAAGAAGACUAGUUCUGAAUCUGGUGCAGCUAAUCAAAUUGUGAAAGAAGAAAUACAAAACUUAAUAUCAAAUAUUUUUUCACAAUCUUCUCUAGUUGGCUAUAUAGAAGAAGCAAUAAGCACUAUUCUAGGCUAUGUACAAACCGAACUUAACAAUGAGAGACUCAUUGCAUCUGAAGAAACAGUAGUACUUCUGCAGCUACUGGAUGAUGUCUUAACUCAGCUUCACCGGGUGCCAGCAAAAGCAGAUGUUAAAAAACAUAGACAACCUAGAGCAAGAAAUAUUCCUGAUGCUGAAGAAAAGUAUAGACUCACUGCCGCAAGGACCUUUCAUGGUCUUAGAACUAAAAGGCCUUUUCCCCCUAUUAAUGUCCCAGGCAUGGUUCUUUAUUCUGAAGAUGAUGAUGAGGAAAUAGAUAACCUUGUGAAAAGUGUGCUUGAUUCAUCCUUCACUGAUGAAAAAAUAAAAGCACAAGAGCAGGUUCCUAAUCAUUGGCCUACAAAAAGAGAUACUUGUUUUGAAUCCAAAAGAAGUCAUAAACUACCAACAAAACCUACAUGUCAAAGUAAAGUUGGAUCUCAUGACUGGGGAUUAAAGUUGGAGUUAUCUCUUGACAGUGAAGACAUUGUAAGGACAAAGCACUGCUUGACUAAUGAUCCUUCAAUUUUCAGCCAAGAUCAAAAAUAUCAAAUACAAAAGGCUUCAGAAAACAUAGUCAAACACAUUUUAACAGAAAUGCUCAAGGAUAUGAGCAUUUCGGUUUCAUCUCAUCUCCCAGGAAGCAAAAUUGAUGAAGAAACCUCUGCUUUUGUCUCAGAAAAGUCUCAAGGACUAUCAGAUCAAGAACGGAUUGAACAGCACUUCUCGGGGUCAGAAAUCUGUGCAUUUGCACGUGAAAUAACAGAUUCUGUAAUAAAUAUACUUCAUAAAGCUUCAACGUACAUUCCUAACACUAUUAAAAAUGCCAUUUCAUCUGUUCAUCAAACUUGUCCGGAUCAUUCUGAUACUUCCAAAACAGCAAAAGAAAUACCAAGUAAAACGCCAUUCAAAGUAUGGUUUGACAGUGAAAAGAAAAUGAAAUAUUUAUCCUCACUCAAUGUAGAGAUUGAAAAGUCUUCCCAAUUAAGAUCUGGAGGAUGUGAACCAAAGCGUGUAAAUGAUAUUACUGAUAAGAUCAUUAAUACAAUUUUUAAAAGGCUGAAGUUAUUUGUUUGUCCAAAACUGCAGAUAGGUAAAAAAUCUUUACUGGUAGAGAAAUCAUUACAUUCUCAACUUAGUACUUACACAAUGAAAAUAGUCAACAUUGUUUUAGAUGCUAUACAGAAUGAACUAGAACUCAACAAGAUAAUCCCAAAUCUUAGGCAGGCAGACCAUACCAAGUGUCAUACAAGCAAGGGGUUGUUUGUUGAUCCCAAUGAAGCAGUAGACUCCCAUGUCAGAAGUGUCAAUGACAUUAUGGAAAGUCCAUUACUAGCAUGUAUUUGUGAAAUGAUAUCAAGUACAAAUGAAGAUCAAUCAAGUACUUCAACUUCUACAGACAAGGCAGUAUCUACAACGUUAUGUGAGUCUGACAAUGUUAAUAAACAAAGCAUUUUGUCAAGUAAGCAGGAUAAAGCUUCUUUUCGACGAUAUUUGGCUACACCUUGCCUUCACCACAGUGUCAUUAAUGGAAAGGAUUUGAAAGAGAGUCCCAAAUUGCAAGUGUUAGAUGAAAUUGGAGAAACACUGCAUGAAAUGUUAAGCAAACUCACAGGUGCCCACCCUGAUUCUCAACCAUCUUGUAGUAAGCAAAGCACAGAGAAGUCAACUAAGGAUCCUCCAAUACUAUCUAAUGUUCAUCUCAUUUCCAAAGCAAUUCUGGAAUAUGUCCUUGCAAAAUUAUGUGAUAUUGACAUAGAUAGCAGCAUUGUAAAUUCUGAAUUGAAAACUGUCUCAGAAUCCCUUGACAUUGAUAACCUAUCAUUUGCUUCAACUAUGGAGGAAAUGGCCAAAUGCACGAACAUCAUCUCCAACAUGAUUUCCAAAAUGAUGAUGGGUAAUAAAGACACUACCAAAAAUAAAGCAAAAGAUGAUAUCCCAGGGUCUUCAAAAACUGAGAACUCAAAAGAAAUGUGCCCAAAUAAACUGAAGAGUGUUGCCUUAGAUAUUCUUAACAUGGUUUUUACUAAAUUGAAAAUAUUUGCCAGUGGAAACAUGGAAAAUAUUGGUGGUCUCAAAGAUGAAGAUAAGAAAGAGAAUGUGAUGGGUUGGGAACUUGAAAGCAAAACUUGUCCUACAGAUUCCCAUGAUGAAUCAUUGCAGUCUACUUUAUACACUCAUGCGAAGAGGGUGUCAAGUGCUAUUCUGAAAGCCAUUCAAACAGAAUUAAAUAUUAACCCAACAGAUUGUAAGGAAAAUAUAAAAAGCUCACCACAGGAGACACAAAUGCUUACAAACAUAGUUGAUUUAAUUUUAGAUGUAGUAUCUAAAGAUAUGUUUACUGAACCUGAAUCUGAGAACAAAGGCAUUGAAAACUACAGGUAUCGACCAGUUUAUGGAAAUUUCCUUCCUGGAGGAGCUGAAUCAGAGUCAUUUCUAGACGAUGACACACAAACUAGAGAAUUCAUCAGAGAUAUAACAUCACCCAGGGAAGAAACGGGGACCUUUUGUACUGACCAGUGGGUUCUAGAAAGAACCUUAAGCAAAAUUGAAGUCAAACUCAAAGAACCACACAAAUCCCCGAUUGUUCCUAUUAUAAGAAAUAUUUUGAAUGAAAUUUUUCAAAGUGCUUUAAUCAAUCAAUUAAAUACUAUUUCCCUCUCACACUCUCACUUUAGUGGUAUGCCUCAUAAUUUUCCUGUAUCAACUACUCAAGCAUCUCAAUUUAUGGAUCCGCUGAUGGGCCCUUUAGUGUCUGAUGCGGACGUAACUGUAGUGGUAAAUGAUGUUGUUAGGACCGUAUUUCACAAGCUUUAUUCAGCUGCCACGACAGAAAAACAAGGAAGUGAAAACAGUUGUGAAACCAUCAUCUUUUCAACCAACGUUUCCUUUAGUGAGCAUGCCUAUCCGGGAAACGGACCUGUCAGUGUUUUAAACGGAAAUCCGUGUGAUAUUCAGUCGAGCUGGAAUGUUGACAGACAGACCAAAAUAAAUGUAGUGGAAGAUAUUGUACAGGCAAUAUUAGAAAAUUUAGAAACUUUUGCUGCUUCCAAAGUAGAAUCUCUCUUUCAUCCCCAAGUUGACAUCAGAGUUCCAGCGACUUUGCCAGUACAGCAGGAAGAGGGACUGCUAAGCCAGGCAUUAUCAGGCGAAGAUUCUCAUUCUGAUCAACAAUUUCCCUGUUGUUCAGAGAGUCACAGCAACCCAGGACAGAUGGAGUCGUGGUGCCAACUGUCUUUUUCCAAAUUAAAUAUUUACGCAAAAGAAGUGGCUAGGAAAAUUUUACAAGGUAUCAAACACGAGUUGGAUAAAGAACAAGAAAGUCCUCUCCCAACAAAUAACCUUGUGGUUUCUGAGAAUAUUGCAAGUCAGGUUGUUAACAAGGUGCUUGAUAUUGUGUCAUGCAGAGGCAAGUGUGAGAGCACCAGUUCCGACAGAGACAACUGUUCAGAGCGGCAUGACGGAGUUAUUGAGAGGCUAGUCAAUAAGACAGAAUAUCGAAAAAUACUUGAGUUUCAAAUUCAAGAUACCAUUGAAGGGAUCUUAUGUGAUAUUUAUGAAAACAUUAUAUAUCAGAAUAAUCUCUCAUUGGCCACUCCCACCCUGCCAUCCAGUAUUCCCAGCAAACACUCAGAAGCAAAUUAUGAACCAGUUGUUAUGGGUACAAAUAUUAUCCCUAGAGUGUCAGUUCCUAAGACAGACGUCAUCUUGGUAUCCAAAGAUCUGGUGGAUAUUGUGCUUCAUAACCUUAGUUCCUUGGUCAUGCUUGUCAUAAAUGCAAAGGAUUCUCAUUCCUCGAGACUGGCCUUCUAUGAUAUGUCUCCAAAAUCACAGUGCCAACAACCUCUUUUUGUUACACAAAGAAAUGAAGAAAAACCAGGGUACUUUUCACACUCAAAGCAUAAGAAUUUAGCUGAUGCUAAUGUUUAUCAGGUGCAUGCAGAGAGAAAAGAAGACACUAGGGAACCUGUGCCUGACCCAUGUGAGGAAAAUGCCAACUUCAUUACGGAGACUAUUUUUAAUCGGUUACAGUCUUUUGCCACAGAAAGAAUAAAUUCAUUAAUGACUCCUACCUCUCAGUCUAAUAAAGAAAAUGUAUUUCUUAGCCCAGCAUUUGAAAAUGGUAAACAAGAUGAUGGCUUUUUACAUGAAUCAGACCAUUUUGAACCUGAUGUAAAUGUCCUAAAAUUAUCAACAACCAAAACAGACCCUAGUCAAGAGCUUGCAGAACCCGUUUUUGCCAGUUGUAGAGAAAAUUUUGGAACCGCAACCCAUUUAUCCCAAACUAGCCUUAAGGACUACGCUGAUUUCAUUGCCAGUGCUAUUUUGAAGCUCAUUAAAAAUGAUUUAGACUUAGAAAUGCAAAAUGUGCACACAGAUUCAAACUGCAUUUUAUUUCAAAAAAAUACCAUUGUGAGUGAAAUUGUUGAUAGCAUCCUAAAAAUUUUGCACAACAAAGGAUCUUUAAGGGGUGGCUUUUUAUCCUCAUCAGAGAAGCCUGGGUGUUCCCAGUUAACCAUAUCAAAUGAAGUCUUACUGGGAUACAAAGGGAAGGAAAAAACAACCACAUUACCACUCUUUACAAAUGACCCCUUAGAAGAAAACCCAAUAACAAUGGAAAAGGAACUCCAAAGAGCUGUUUUGGAAGAAGUAUUUAUGAGGAAAGGAGAAUCAAAACCAAGAGAAAAAACUGAAAUAUUUAAUGCAGUAGAAGAGGUUUUGAAGAAGUUGAGUCAAAACAUAAUGGAAAUCAUAGGCCACUUGCCACCAUUUAAUGAAAUGCCCUACAUUGUGUCUAAACCUAAAAGUAAAACAUCAACUAUAACACAGAAGAAAUUCUUUCAGUCUCAUAUUAACAGCCUAUCAAAUGAUAUACUUGAAAAUAUUUUGGGAGAAAUGCACUCUGUAGUUGUGACAUCAUUGUACAAAAAAACUAAAAGCUGGAGAGAGGUGGAAAUGCAUGACAACAAUGACAUCUCAUCAACAAAACCAUCAUGCUUUAGAGAAACUAAGCCUGCAAGGAAAAGAAGUAAUUCCGCUAGAUUAGGGGUACCACAAAUGCAUCUUUAUGCAGAUAAUUUAAACGUUCUGCUAUUAGAAAAUGCUUUUUUGCCAUAUUCACCAUUGCAAGUUGGAAGAUACUUAAUUCAAAUAGUUCUUGAUAAAUUGUCAAAUUUUGUUUCCCUGCAUCUAGAAGAGAAAUUUCCCCCUGAAGGUAGUUAUGAUGACAUGUACCUUCUUCAGUUGCAUAAUCCUAAACUUAGCCCUAAGAACAGCCCUAGACCAGGAUGCAAAACAAGUUUAAAAGCAAGGUCAAAAAUUACCACUCUCUCUAAAUUUAAAACAAAACCGCCUCCAGGCAUUUGCAGUACUAAGUCCAGAAGCAAGACCAAAUUAGGUGCUGGAGAGAAGACUCCAAGAGAGAACCGAUCCAAAACCGCCAUUGGGCUGCCACAAACUCCACCAACAGCGGAUGCCCAAACCAUACUGAAAAUCAAGCUACCAGCUUCAGAAUUAAGAAUUUAUGCCAAGAAUAUAAUAACUGAUAUUUUAGAAAUAAUUAUGAAAGAACUUGAAAGAGUAGCACAAAACAGAGCCAUGUUAAAUACAAAAGCAUUACCCACUGAUCAAAUUCAUGAAGCAAGAAAAGUUGUUAAUGAAGUGUUGCAAGAAUUGUAUGCUACAAACAACCACAAUUUGGCUUCUCCAAAUAAUGUCUCAAAUCUAGGUGAUUUUCAUCAGCCAAAGCAAAAUCUGGGUGCAAGUUUCCCACCUGAGCACCAGGCAUGUUUUUACUUAGAAAAUGUCUCCUCACAGCUAGAACAGAUUUUUCCUAAAGAAGGUAUCUUUAAAAAAUUGUUUGACAAAUGGCAAACAGAAAUAAGUGAUACAGAAAAUGAAAAGUCUAAACUUUUAACCGUAGCUGAAAACAUUUUGACCGAAAUUUCAAUUAAAGCAAAAGAUUUGGAGUAUUCACUUUCGCUUUUAAAUUUACCCCCUCUUGAAGAUUGUGAAAACAGAUUUUAUGAUCACUUUAAAGGUGGAUCUACUAGAGCUGAGGAUACGGAAGCACAGAUCAAUACGUUUGGACGGGAAAUUGUUGAAAUGCUAUUUGAAAAAUUACAGCUGUGUUUCUUGUCUCAGCUACCUACUCAAGACAGUAAGGGGAUCCUACCAAGUCGGAAGGAGCGUGUUGCUGCUAAAAGUAAGCAUGGUGCUCCAACCAAGCAUGUUCUCAGUGGCGUGCAGACCUGCAACACGAGGAUGAAAGAGCAAGUGUCUAUGAGCCACCAAAUUGUGCAAGAGAUUGUAGAAAGAGUGUUAAACAUGUUAGAGUCGUUUGUGGACUUGAAAUUUAAGCAUAUCUCUAAAUAUGAGUUUUCGGAAAUAGUGAAAAUGCCUAUAGACAAUCUUUUUCAAGUGCAACAGAGACAAUUAAGCAAGAAAAUGUUGCCAAAGUUACAACCAUUUAGAAAGUGUAGUGAUGAAUUCAAGCCAAGUACUGCUAUAGCCAAGGAAAAUGUGCAGAGCACACUCCUACAGGUCCAUUCAUUCCAUUCGGAACUGCUUAGGUAUUCUGUCACAACUGUCUGUGACAUGCUUAGUAUAAUCAAGAAUAAGCUAGACAAAGAAAUAAGCCAAAUGGAGCCAUAUCCACUCAGCAUAUUGAAAGAGAACAUUGCCGCAAGCGAGAUCAUUGGUACACUGAUAGACCAAUGUACUCAUUUCAGUGAGUCUUUGAUCACAAACCUUCCAUCCAAAAGCUGGUUCAAAAGGACUGAGAAUGUUUACAUUGUUAACCAGGUUGAAUUUGCAUCUCACGUGAAAAUGCCUACAUCAAAGGUGAGAAACACCAGUGUGAGGAGUCAUGUUCCACAAAGGAGUGUAUCUGGCUUGGAGUUUAGUUCAGGGAAUGAUACAAAAGAAAAGGAUGGGAUGACACCUAAUUCACCCUCCCCCACAAGUUCCUGUGUAGAAAAUAAAGUUCAAAGCUCAGAGUCAAGGGGAAGGCCCAAUUCAAAAGCUGGGCCAUCAUGUUCUAGAAACAAAGAAGACGACCAGAAUCAAAGGCAAUCCAGCUUUGGACUCUUUGAGGAAGUCACAAAAGGUAACAAUUCUCUCCCUGAAGGCAGUGUGUUACAAAAAUGGUUUAAGAAAGCAAAUGAAUCCACAGAAGAAUCACUGAAACAAGUUAUGUCAUUCAUUGAAAUGGGGAAAGGGGAAAACCCAAGGGUUUUUCAUUAUGAGACUGCAAAACCAAUAGAGCCAAGUGAAAUUAAGACGAAUGCUUCCCCACUCAAGAUAUGUGUAGCGGCCGACAAUAUUGUGAACACAGUGCUCUCGAGCUACGGCUUUUCUCAGCAACCACACCCCGAAGAAAGCCUGGAGACCAUGAGACCAUUUUUUAUGUCAGGACACAAUCCGUUGUCUGCAGUAUAUGGAGGGCAGAAGCGUGAGAACAACUUGCUCCAAAUGUGGGGUCAACGAACGACCUGUGUAGAUGAUGAAAACAGUGAUGGUCUUGAAGCCUGCCAAGGGGAUCUUUCUUUAUUACACAAGUGGAAAAAUAAAAACCCCAAAAUGACAGUGGAGGUUUUGGGAGACACUGACACAAUUGAUUUUGUUGAUCACGAGCUGGGUCCAAAUGAAAUGCAUUUGGUGGCAAGACAUGUCACGACGUCUGUGGUAACACAUCUGAAGAACGCCAGAGCUGCAGUUUCAACCGAGGAGAACUUGUCUCGCGUUUCUUCACAUCCAAAGAAAAAUUAUAACUCAAAAGAGCCUCUAAAAAGCAUAUAUAGUAACUCUUCAAUGUAUCAGUUUUGUGAACAUCUCUCUGACUCAGUCAUCCGCUACUUGAUUUCAAACAUUUCAGAUGGCACCAAAGAGGAUAUCAAAGACAAAGCAUGGGAAAUCCAAGAUGUACUAUCUAACAAAUAUAUCUCAAUUCAUUCUCAAGUCUAUAAGAGCAGGUCCAUUUCCAUUGGAGAACUCGCUUUAAGUAUUUCUGAAGUUAUUAUUGACAUUCUUUCUAAUGGUAACAUUUUAAGUGUUGACAAGGCAUUUCAGGCUUCCAUGAAACACAAGUACAGGUUCUGUCCAGGUUUGACUUCUUCUGACUUUGAUGAUGUCUUUCAAGAUCUCAUAAAAGGAGUGAUUUUUGUAUUGUCCAAAGGACUAGGAAUAAAUCGCUAUUUUGAAAAUAAUGUAAGAAACAAACCAUAUUCUACAUUCAGAAAUAGUGUGCCCUUUUUCUGCAAAGUCAAUACCAUGGAAAGUCAGAUAGAUGCUAGAGACUGGGAAUCAUGUCCUCACCUAACUGACUACCUUGCUCAAAGAAAUAAAUUAAAUUACCUGACAUGUAAGUUAAACAAUCUGGUUGGUAGUCUAAAAUCUCAUGAAUCCAAAGAAGUUGUCAAUGACGUCUUUAAUAUUGUUUUAGAUUUAUUUUUACCAGAUGAAUUUCCAGAUGGGGGUAUGAGUUCUGGUAAACUAGCUAGAACAUGUUUUACCUCAAAUAAUCAACAAAGUCAUAGCAUACAUACAAACAAUCUAGGGCUUUCCCCCAAAUCAAUUUUUCUUCUCAAUAUUGUGUGUGAGAAACUUAUUAGAACACUUCUAGAAAAAUUCACGGGCACUGCAUUUCUUGAAGAUAGUUCUCUUUCUCGUGAACUAGCAGAAGAAUGCCAACAUGUAAAAUUACUUCAAAGUGCGCAAGGUAGAGAUUUUGAUUAUUGUAAGGCACCAAUGGACUGUGAACAAUUUCAAGGAGAUUACAUGUCAGAUGUUUUGGAAAACCUGGCAGACAUGGAUCAAGAUGUAUUAUCAUCAGAUCGUGUACUUAAUGUUGUAUCCCACAGCUUGGUUAAAUCUUUGAUGGAUAAGCUAUCACAUGGUUUUCAACAAGCUCCUUUUGAAAACAAAUGCAUGAACUACAAAACAGGAGAAAUACAGCCUUUUUCCCCAAAAGCAAAAAGUAGUGAAUUCAUGGAAUUGGGACAAACUAAUGCCCAUGUAGGAUUCGUGAGCUAUGACAAUAAUGUUUUGAACAGGUCCUUGAAUAAUCCCAGUGUAACUAGCUUUAAAAUGCAGACACCGUGUGGCAAACAAGAUGCUGUAAAACCUUUCUUUUUACAACUUUCUGGAAGACAAGAAUCAAGGGGAAUGAACACAGUAGACUUUCAUAAGCUAUGCCAAAGAGGCGUAAACAGUGGUGUAUAUUCAGCCACAUUUUUGGAGGACAUAAUCUCGGAAUUAUUUUUUAAGCUGUCUACCUCAUUGUGGAGGAAAAAUAUGAACAUCACAGAAACCUGGCUCAAUGAGAUAAAUACAUCUCUUAUCAGCACUGUAGUGAAUGACUUAAAUGAUGCUCAAAUCACUGUUCUAAGGUAUCCUGAAGAAAGGCUGUAUUUCCCAUCGGCACAUAAAGGAUGUGUUACUAAGAUAGUUGAUUCUAUUUAUUAUGAUGUUUUACAGCAAUAUGAAUUUAAAGUAACCUGUGUUAAUAAUCUGCCUUAUGAUAAUCCUUCAGUAGCUGAACAAAUUUCUAAUAGAAUAUUAUUAGAGAUUGUAGACUAUCAGCUUCCAUCUUGCUUCAAGGGAAAGCUCAAAUCAAAUUCAUAUCAUACACUCAAUGCUGGAAUCAUAUUACAUAAACUUCAAAAUAAUCUAAGGAAAUUUAUUUCUGAACCUGUGUCUUCAAAAGGUUAUAGCACCAUGUUACCACACUCAUUUUUAGAAUAUGUCAUCAGAAGACUAUUACUUCAGCUUCUUCCCCUGCCUAUUAAGCCUUCGUCUUUAAAAAAACAAUGUGUAAUGAGUUCAGAUUUUGAGGAAAUGUCCAACUGUAUAACAAAUAAGGUUAUGUUAGCCAUUUCAAAACACAAAAUCUGGUUCACCAUCUGUGAUAACCAAAGUCUCCACACAGAUAAAAACCUCCAAAAGAUGGUAGAUUCUGUUUACAGUAAUAUUUUAAAAAUGUCUGGUUCUCUUGAUUUAAUACAAAAGAAUAUAAUUAGCCGAAGUCCAAUUAUGAUUGACCAAAUAGCUAGUUUCAUUAUCCAAGAGAUUAUUGAAAACCAUCUUCAACCAUUUUUAUGUGGAGAGAGUUUACCUCGCCCAAAAACUCCGCUGGAUGACGUAUCUUAUAUGGUCAAACGAGUUCUCAAUGAAGCUGUAGAGUCUCACAAACUGCAGACGUCAUCAUCUUUUGGCAUUAACCCUGAUAAAUUCAUAGGGGAAAUUGUCACCAGAGUUUUCUCAAGGAUUUUUAGUCCUAAGCCUAAUAUUAAGGUUGAACUGGAAAAUAUGACCCAAAAAAUAGUAGACUCGGUGAAUAACAAUUUAGACCAAGCUAAGAUUCCUAUUCUGUGCGAUAAGCAAUCAUCCUUUCCAUUUAGUGAUGCAGAUAUUGUAGAUGAACUUGUCACCUCGGUAUAUAGAAAUGUUCUGAAGCAGCAUGGGCUAGAUCCUAACAUUGACGAGUCUGAAAAUAGUGAUGCUUUUGUGGAAAAUAUUACCAAAUUAAUCACAGCAGCUAUUUCAGACUACCUUCUUCACCCACUGUUUUCUGGUGAUUUGUCAGCUGCUUCUUAUUCUAAUUCAAUGGCUGAUAAUAUUUUUAAUAAUGUUCUUGGUAAUAUCAAUAAAUCCAGUAAGUCAAACCAGAGUCUGCCUCCAUAUAAUACAUUGCUACCAUAUACAUUUCUAGACGAUAUGGUCAGCAUACUAUUAUCUAAAGUUUUUCCUUUUCCUAAAAUGGUUUCACAUAUAGCAGCUCCAAAAGAUAAAGGAAUAAAUUUUAAUGAAAUUGCUUCCAAUCUGAUCAGCGAUAUUAGAACAAAGAUUUCCCAACAUGAAAUUAGAUUUUCGAAAGAUGAAGAAGCAGCUGACUCCUUUUACUCAGAAGAUGAUGUUCGCCAUCUUGUUGAUUCUGUUUCCACAAAUAUUUUAGAAAACUCCGAUUCUCAAGAAUCACUGGAACAAAACAUCACCAAAAGUAAUGAUGUUUUCAUCGAUAAAAUUGCAGGUUUGAUUAUUAAAUAUGUCUGUGAACAGCAUCUUCAGCCGUUUCUGGAAAGAAGGCAACCAUCCGCUUCAGCGUCCAAAUGGUUUGCCAACAAACAGCGGUUAACUUACGCUAGUGUUUAUUCAUCAACAUUUUUGGAAGAUGUGGUCUCUGGAGUCGUAAGCAAAAUAUUUCACAGAGUGGUUGGCAUUGUACAAGUGGAGUCAACAAGAAAUUCAGAAGACGUUUUGUUUGAUAAAGCUGAAACUCUCAUAUAUUGGAUAACAGAGGAAUUUUCAAAAGCCCAGGUUACAACUAUCGAGAAUGCCGAGGAACGGUUGUGUUUUUCCCCAGUGAGGAGCGAUGUACUUAAAAACAUCAUUGACACUGUGUACAGCAAAGUUUUAGAAGAAUAUGAAAUGGAAAUAAUGCCUCACAAAGAUUUUCUAAGUGACACAAAGGCAUUGGCUGGCCGGAUAACCAAAAUUAUUCUGACUGAAAUUUUUGACUUCCAAAUUCCACCAGAUCUUGUAGCAAAUCUGCCCUUAAGUUUACAUUCCAAACUUAGUCAAAAUGUUUUGAUAAAUAGAGUCCAUUAUGAUAUUAGUAAGUCAAGAUUCCGAAGACAAGCAUCAACAAUAUAUACUACUAUGCUCUCACAUAUUCAUUUAGAAAAAAUAGUUACUCAACUUAUAUCGCAGAUAAGUCCAGCACAUACCAGUGCAGGGCCUUCUGCUACUCCUCAAUCAAACUUAAGUAACACAGUCAUGAAACUGAUAAAUGAAAUCAUGUCAAUAAUUUCAAAACAUGCAAUAUGUAUUGUAAAACAUGGAAAUGAGAAGCAAAGUAUGAUUUCAGAAAAAGACAUACAGUCAAUGGUUGACUCCAUUUAUGCAGAUCUUUCUCAUUCAAAUCUAUACCAGUCUCUUACAAAAGAUAAAAAAGGUGUAAGUUGCAUACCUGUCUCAAAAAUAGCAAGCUUUAUAAUAAAAGAGAUUUUCAAUCACCAUCUAGAGUCAUUCUUAUCGGGAGAUAAAAGCUUUCUUUCAGCUUCAGUUGCUAAACCCUGCAAGAAGAAAGCAACAAACCCUAAGCAAAGAGAAUUGUCUUUCAUUGUGAACUCUGCUGUCUUUUUGGAGGAGGUAAUUUCUGAGCUUUUAUGCAAUAUUCUUCAGUCAUUCAUACAGAAUUUCUUGGAUGAUGAAACCCCAGAGAGAGCUAUAGCCAAAAUAAUGGACCUUGUUACAACAUUAGUAAAAUCAAUUAUUUUAGAGUUCACUACAUCCGAAAUUUUACUUGCAGAAAAUUUGGAUGAGAGUCUAUGGUUUUCAGAGACAUAUAAAGAAAUGGUUCAAAAAAUGGUCAACUCAGUGUAUGAAAAUAUAUUGGAUGAAUAUAAAUCACUGAUUCAACUACAUAGGGCUAUACAAAAUGAUACUACUUGUUUUGGAGGAAAAAUAUAUCAUUUUAUACUGGAAGAAAUUUAUGAUUAUCAGGUGCAGUCAUUAGUUUCAGGAGAAUUAAUGCCUUCUUCCUACUCUUUUCCUCGAGCUGAAAAUAUCAUCAAAAAUGUGCUCAAUGUCAUCUUGAAGGACACCAAUGCCUUGCCAUCAUGCAUGACAGUGCUUCCUUGUUCUCUGAUAGAAAAUAUGAUUUAUAAGCUUUUAGUAAAUAUCUUCCCUUCAGAUGAUACUACAGAUAAACUAAAGGAGAAAGAGGUUGGGUCAGAUGAUGCUGACGAAUUUAUGGCUGCAGCUUCAAAACUGACUGAUGAGAUUUUAAAAGAAAUUUCUGAACAUGAGAUCAGAUUUGCCACUGAAGAGGAAACUGCAGAUGGGCAAUCGAGAACUGUUGACAACUUCAUUGAUUCUGUAUGUAAUAAUAUUUUGAAAAACUCUGAAUUCCAAGCCGAAGUACAGAAAGAGUCUCACAAAAAGGGAGGUUCAUUUCUCAGUAAAAUAGCUGGUUUCAUUAUUAAAGAAAUCAUGGAUCAUCACUUGCGACCAUUUUUAUAUGGUGAAGGCCCAUCUUCUAGUAACUUACCUGAUUAUGACAAAACUUCUGUUGUUGCUAAGUCUGGGAAAGAAAAGGCACAACCUUCGCUAUAUUCAGCUGCCUUUUUAGAAGAUUUAAUUGUUGACCUUGCUCACAAAUUUUGUUCUUUUGCAAGUCUUACUGAAGGUUCUAGGAAAAAGGAUUUGCCAGAGCCAGAAAUUGUGAACUUAGCUAUCAACUUCGCAAACUCUCUCAUACGGGAGUUUAGGAAAAGUGAAAUCAAGGUUUUACCACAUGCUGAAGAAAUAUUUUCGUUCCCACCAAUUGCAAAGGAGACAAUUGAUGAGAUAUCUAAUUUUGUUUAUGAUCAGUUCAUAGGGAAAUUGGGAUCUGAUGUAAUUCAGAAAGGUGACACUGGUAACAUUGUUAUAGAAAUGGUUUCUUCUUUAGCACAAAAGGCAAUCUCUGCAUUCAAGAUUCAGCCACUACUUUCAGGAGACUGGUGUUCAACUUUCUUUUCAUUUCUAGAUCCAGAAAGUAUCAGUCAAAGAGUUCAGCGUCUACCACAGAAAACCUCCAUGCAGAUUGCUAGAUCAUUAAAGCAGACCCAGCUUGCUCUGGCUAAAGACUUAUCAAUGAGAAAAGAUGAGACCAAAUGUGCAAUACUUAACUCUAUAGCUGCCAUUAUGAAAGGCAAUAUUAUCAACCUGAUGUCAGGAUCAACCGAAGAUGUCACAGAUACAAAGAAAGAUGCUGAAAAGAAACUGAAAUCCGACACUCAAGAACAUGAGGCUGCCUCAAAAGUUAUGUCUCCAGCGACUAAUGUGAAAAGUAAGGAAACUCAGGUUGAACCUUUGACGGACAAAUGUAAAAGAAGUGAAACUGAAAAAGAGAAUUUAGUUCUAAUCAAUGAGCAGGGGCAGAUGAUUGAAAUAUACACCCAUUAUUCAGUUGCUACUGCUACUGUUGAUAACAGUUCUGAGAAAGAGGUACAUGGAACAGAUUUUGUAACAGACAAUGAAAGGAAAAUGGACAAUGCCAGUAAAAGUGUAAAGGACAUAGAUGAUAAGCCUAAGAGUGAGAGUAAAGAGACAAUGACAGAAAAAAUUGUAAAAACAGCCCAGCAGCCAGUCAAGGAAGAAGGAAUGAGGUCAGUAGAUGAAGGGGAUGCCGAGGAAGAACUGUAUUCAGAAACUGAGCGUGUCGAAAAUGUCAUUGAAAACAUUUAUGAUAAUGUUUUAAUAAUAUCUUCUCAAGAGCCCUUGGACUUUUCCAGACCAAUAUACAGCAAAAGCCUCCUAGGUGAUAAAACUUUGCUGAUACUUCAAGAUUCUGCACAGCCUGUUACAGCAAAGGAUAGAGCCUCAUCACUUAGCAAAGAUAUUGCUGCUAAAAAGAUGGUGAUACUUCAAGAUUCUGCACAGCCUGUUACAGCAAAGGAUAGAGCCUCAUCACUUAGCAAAGAUAUUGCUGCUAAAAAGAAAGCAAGUGAAGAAACUGAAGCUGAACGAAAAGAUGAGAGUGAGGUAAAAAGAGGGAAAGAGAUUAAAAGUCAACUUAAAAAGCCAGACCAUCCGCCAUCCUCAUCAGGAAGUAAACCGACAAUUAUUCCUGCUAAGUUUCUAGAAGAUGUCAUGACUGAAAUGGUGAACAAGCUGGUAUUUACGCCCUCACCAGAAACAAAAACACAAGAUAAAGUGCCAGAUCAAAGUGCCAAACAAAAUGAAGGUGAACUUUAUGACACAGCUAUGAGACUCAUUGACUCAAUGCUAAAGCAGCUCUCAGAAGCAGACAUCAAGGUAUUUAGGCCAGAGAAGGAAACUGAAAUUGUCUCACAAGCAAUUAAAGAGUCAUCAGUUCAUACGGUACCUGCCGAAUCUAAAGAAGCAAGUACAGAUGUACCAUUAUCAUCCAGCACGAAUAAUGAAACUGUGGAUAAGGUGCCAAGUGUGCAUAAAACCACUGAGCGAUCCUCUUCUGACAAGAUGCCUUCCUUAGAGAGAAUGCCAUCAAUUGAAAAAUCAGUUGUCAAUAAAAUCGUGCACUCUUGUGUUUGCGAUGUUUUAAAGGAAUGUACAUCUCAAGAGUCUAUUUGCAAGAACAUCAACAGCAAUGGAGAGAGUCUAGCCAAAAGGUUAACUAGCACAGUGAUCAGUGAAAUUUUUCAGCAUCAGCUUAACUUGAUAUUUGCUGAUGAGGUACCAGCUUCCGCAUGCGUACCUCUGGAAACAAAAGAUGUUGAGGAAAAGGUACAGAAGGUAGUGCAAACAGUCAGUAAGGAAUGUCAAACCUCAUCUCCAUACACCAUAAAGUUGCCUUUUAAAUUUUUGGAUGAUGUGAUUUCAGCUCUCUUAGCAAAAGUGUUUUCAAAGCUAUCCAACGUCAAAACAAAAAUAUCUCAACCCAAUUUUUUGACACAACUUGACUUCCUUCAAAUGAAGUUAGUAAGUACGGUUGCAGCAGAGAUCGCCAAAAAUGAAGAUAUGAUUAUACAGUAUGUGGAAUCCCUGCAUCCAAAUGAUGAUGAAAUUAUUCAACUGGUGGUUCAGACAAUUUAUAAUAACCUUUUGCCACAGUUUGGAUCACAGGAAACUAUCCAAGAUUGUAUAGUUAGUGGGUGCAAACUCCUUUCAAAAACUGUAGUUGAUUUAGUCCUACGAGAAGUGGCUGGCAAUCAGUUACAGAACUAUUUUGGUGGUGAGUUGACUCCAUAUCAGUGUGCAGAAGUGGACAACGUGGUUGAAAAUAUCCUCACCAAUGUUGCCUUAACUUCUCCAUCACAGCCACGACGUCCUUGUAAACUGUCUUAUAACGUAAUAGAAGCAAUUGCUGUAAAAUUCUUAUCAAAGCUCUUAUCUGUGUUUCCAAAAGUGUGUACAGAAGGAACUAAAUCUCAAGAAACUGAAAUGCAAAAAAUAAGCUCAAAAAUAUUAAAGUCAAUUCAAGAAUGUAUCUCCAAAAGUAAGAUCAAAGUUGUAAAACCUGCCAAGGAAUCAGAACCUGUGCCUUUAGCGGAUGAUGCAACUGUUGAAAAAGUAGCUAAUUCUGUUUAUGUCAACCUUUUAAAACACUCUGGCUCUCCUACAUCUGUAUUUGAAGAUUUAAAGGGGAAGAGUAAUGUCCUUUCCGACAUAAUAGGUACAUUAAUGGUGAAGGAGAUUUCCAAUUCUGAGUUUCAACCUCAAGCAGAUGAAGAACUUUCAAGUUCGGAAUUAGUUUUGGAAGCUGUCAAAAUUAUGGAAAAGGUGGUGAAAAUUAUUGAUGAACUUAAGUCUCAGGAAAAACCUUCAUCCAUAAAAGAUUUAAUGUUAGACUCCAGAGCUUUAGAGGAAGCUUUGGCUUUGUUUUUGGCUAAAUUAGUAAAGAAUUCUGGUGCUGCAAGCAAAGACACAGACAAUUUAAUGAAGCCUGAGUUAAAUAAAAUUGCAUCUCAGUUGACAAAAUCUGUAACAGCUGAAAUUUCCAGAAGUAACAUCAGUCUUGUGGAUUCUAAUUCUGAAGAACAACCUUUAGAUCCAGAAAACAUUGAAAUGAUUUCUCAGGUUAUUGAGUCUGUUUACGAUAAUAUAAUAAAACAAUCUGGAACACAUAAUGAGAUCUAUGAUAUGAAAGAUACAAAGAAGUCCUUCCCUAAGAAAGUGGCUAGCUUAAUUGUUGAUGGAGUUUCAAAUGUUCCUUCAUGUAGGGUUAGCACCAAGAGUUCUUAUGUUGCUGCUUUUGGAGAUCUAGACACAAACCGAAUCAUUGAAAAAGCACAAAAGCAUGUGGCACAAAUGAACUCUGACUCUGACAAAGAGUCAGAUGAUGUAUUAGAAGAUGAACUUCCUGUUAGAAUAAUUCCACAUGUUGGAAAUAAACCACUGAAAAUAGAUCCAAAUAUCAUCUCAGAACACUUAGCAGUUAUUUCUAUGAAGACUCAGCCUCUGGAAACACUUAAGAUGGACUGUAUAAAGAGAACUGGAUACAGCAUAGCAGAGCUGAGAAGAGCUUCCAUAAGUGGAAAAGGUCACUCUUCCUCCACAGACGUGUCUGAAUUAGGAACAAGACAGAAAGAAAGACGCAUCUCAUUGGAUAGGACAGGACGGCUAGAUGUAAAACCCUUAGAGGCUGUUGGCAGGAAUUCAUUUCAAAAUGUAAGAAGGCCUGAUAUCACCAGAGUAGAGCUUUUGAAAGAUAUCCAUAACAAAAAAGAGCUCAUCGUUCGAUUAGUAGCUCACGAUAUUAGUCAAAAAGUUUCAGAAACUAGCUUCAAAGAGGACAUGGUGUCUGAUGAAGAGGAAAUUGUCUUAGGAGAGGUUGUUGGACACCAGUGCUUAGGGGAACCAUCUAGAGGUCAUGCCGCAAAGGUUGUGAAACCCUUAGACACCGAAGUCGUGUCUCCCAAGACAAUCACAAGCACCAGCAGCCUGAGAAAGUUCUUAGCACUAAGUAAAUGCUGUCACCCCACAUCCGGUGAAAACAUUGACAUUAUCGAAACAACUGGAAAUCAGAUGGUGGAUCCUAACAAGACACAUGUUAAAAGAGCUGUUGCUGAGCUUGACAUGGCCUCCUCCAAAAGCUUAGCAGAAGAACCGUCUUCUAGGGAGAAGCUACAAUAUAAGAAAGAAGAGAUCCUUGUUACUGAACCAACACAUUACUUCAUACAUAGAAUUAUGAGCACUUCAUCCUACAACCAAGAAGACCUCCUUUCUGGUGAAGCAGAAGAGUUUAAACCAGAUCUGAAGACUAAUACAUUAGAAGAGCAUACUCAGGAGUUACAAGCAGGGGACUCAAGCAGUCUUCAGUUUCACACCAUCUUUGAAGGAUCAAAAAAUGCGGCCAGCAGUACACGUCCCUCAAAGGAAAACAUUCCAGAAACAUCCAAGAACACUAUUUCCAAGCAAGGGUCUAAAGUGCUGGCCAAGGUAUCUUCAACUCUGUCAAAGGUGUUCUCCCGAUCUAGUGGCAGUAUUCCAAAAUCCUCCUCACCACCUCACCAGGAUAAGCACUAAAGUUUCUCCACUUGAUAAAAUUGUGAUUCCCUAUAAAAUAAAAUGAUAUUUAAAGUA